AUGUCGUCUGACGGAGCACUGAAGCCGGAGAAGGACUUCUCCAAGGAGGUGGACAAGCAGCUGCCCGAGGCCGAGCAGUUGGCACAGUCGAACCUCCAAGGAGCGAUCGAGAAGCUCGUGGCCCUCGAGAAACAGACCCGCCAGGCCUCCGACCUCGCUUCCACAUCCCGAGUCCUCGUCGCCAUCGUCACACUAUGCAAGAACGCAGGAGACUGGAGUUUGAUGAACGACCAGACCCUGGUCCUCUCCAAGAAGCACAGCCAGCUCAAGCAAGCCAUCACCAAGAUGGUCCAGACCGUCGUCGGCUUCCUCGACGAGACGCCCGAUCUCAAGACCAAGCUUUCGGUGAUCGAGACGCUGCGGACAGUGACCGAGGGCAAGAUCUUUGUCGAGGUUGAGCGGGCCCGCGUGACCAAGAUCCUCUCCGACAUCAAGAAGGAGCAGGGUGACCUCAAGGCUGCCACAGAGAUUCUCUGCGAGCUGCAAGUCGAGACCUUUGGUUCCAUGGACCGAAGAGAGAAGACGGAAUUCAUCCUCGCCCAGGUUGCACUGUGCAUUGAGAGCGGAGACUGGACGCAAGCGGGCAUCCUGGCGCGCAAGAUCAGCACACGAUACCUGUCACGCAAGCCCAAGAAGACACCGGAGCAGUUGGAAAAGGAGCAGAAAGAGCUGGAAAAGAAGAAGGCUCGGGGAGAGGAGGUCUCCGAGGAGAAGGAGGACGACACUACGGACCUGAAGCUGCGGUACUACGAGCAGCAAAUCACGCUCGCGAAGCACGACGACAAGUAUCUGGACGCCUGCAAGAACUACAGACAGGUCCUUGAUACGGAGGCUGUAGAGGAAGACCCCGCAAAGCUUCAUCCCGUCCUCCAGCGCAUCAUCUACUUUGCCAUUCUGGCGCCGUACGACAACGAGCAGCACGACCUCCUUCACCGUAUCCACCGCGACACGCGCAACUCUCAAAUUCCCCUGGACGCCGAGCUUCUUCGCCUCUUUACCGUUCCGGAGCUGAUGCGAUGGCCGGAGAUUGCCAAGAAGUUUGGGCCGCACCUGUGCAGUACCGACGUCUUUGAUGCUCAAGCCGGGCAGUCAGCCGAUGAGAAGGCUCACCAGCGGUGGGAGGACCUGCGGAAACGUGUCAUUGAGCACAACGUCCGCGUGGUGGCCAAGUACUACACGCGCAUCCAGAUGAAGCGUCUCACGGAGCUUCUCGACUUGGCCGAGGAUGAGACGGAGAAGUACAUCAGCGAGCUCGUCACCUCCAAGACGGUCUACGCCAAGAUCGACCGACCGGCCCGCAUCGUCAGCUUCGCGAAGCCCAGAGAUGCGGAUGAUGUCCUGAAUGAGUGGAGCCACAACAUGAAGAGCCUGCUGGGGCUGCUGGAGAGGAUCGAUCACUUGAUCACCAAGGAGGAGAUGAUGGCGCGCAUCCAGCCCACGAGCGCAAAAUAG